AUGGUCGCGACCGCCACCCUUCCCGGCCCCGUGGGGGACCAGAAGCUGGAGAAGAAGCCCAUUAAGUUCUCCAACUUGCUACUCGGCGCCGGCCUCAACAUGUUCGAGGUCACCACCCUCGGCCAGCCCCUUGAGGUUGUCAAGACCACCAUGGCCGCUCACCGCGGUGAUGGCUUUGGCACGGCUUUGGGACGCAUCUGGUCUCGAGGCGGAGUCCUCGGCUUCUACCAGGGCCUCAUCCCUUGGGCUUGGAUCGAAGCCUCGACCAAGGGCGCUGUCCUCCUCUUCGUCGCGUCCGAGGCCGAAUACUAUGCUCGGGCGGCAGGCGCCUCGGAGUUUGGCGGCGGCAUCCUUGGCGGCAUCACCGGCGGUGUCGCGCAGGCCUAUGCCACCAUGGGCUUCUGCACCUGCAUGAAGACGGUUGAGAUCACAAAGCACAAGAUGGCUGCCGCCGGUGUUCAGCCGACGUCGACCUUUCACACCUUCAUGGACAUUUACCGCAAGGAGGGCAUCCGCGGCAUCAACAAGGGUGUCAAUGCCGUCGCCAUCCGCCAGAUGACCAACUGGGGCAGCCGCUUCGGUCUCAGCCGCCUGGCCGAGGGCUGGAUCCGCAGUGCCACGGGCAAGAGCAAGAACGAGAAGCUGUCGGCCUGGGAGAAGAUCCUGGCCAGCGGCCUCGGAGGUGGUCUCAGCGCCUGGAACCAGCCCAUUGAGGUCAUUCGCGUCGAGAUGCAGAGCAAGAAAGAGGAUCCCAACCGACCCAAGAAGAUGACGGUCGGCAACACUUUCAAGUACAUCUACUCCAACAACGGCGUGAGGGGCCUUUACCGCGGCGUGGCGCCGCGAAUCGGCCUCGGUGUCUGGCAAACCAUUUGCAUGGUGGCAAUUGGUGACAUGGCGAAAACGUAUGUUGAAAACUUGACCGGCGAGACCGUCACGGCGAAGCAUUAG